CAAAGAGGAUUUCCUACAGGCAAGAGCUGUGCCACCAUGUCCGUCAGCGUCCACGAGAACCGUAAAUCGCGCACCAGCACCGGCUCCAUGAACAUCUUGCUUUUCCACAAGGCCUCCCACCCGGACUGCGUCUUGUCCCACCUGAACACCCUGCGCAAGCACUGCAUGUUCACCGAUGUCACCCUCUGGGCAGGGAACAGGUCGUUCCCGUGCCACCGGGCAGUGCUGGCUGCCUCCAGCAGGUACUUCGAGGCCAUGUUCAGCAACGGCCUCCGGGAGAGCCUGGAUGACGAGGUGAACUUCCAUGACAGCCUCCACCCGGAGGUGCUGGAGCUACUGCUGGACUUUGCUUACUCCUCUCGGAUCAUUAUCAACGAGGAGAAUGCUGAGUCCCUCCUGGAGGCUGGGGACAUGCUGCAGUUCCACGAUGUCCGCGAUGCAGCGGCAGAGUUUCUGGAGAAGAACCUCUACCCUUCCAACUGCCUGGGCAUGAUGCUGCUCUCGGAUGCUCAUCAGUGCCGGCGGCUCUACGAGCUCUCCUGGAGGAUGUGCCUGGUCAACUUUGAGACUGUUCACAAGAGUGAGGACUUCAACAACCUUUCCAAGGACACUUUGCUGGACCUGAUCUCCAGUGAUGAGCUGGAAAUCGAGGAUGAAGAAAAGGUCUUUAAGGCUGUCAUGCAGUGGGUGAAAUACGAUCUGGAUGAGCGGAAGGCUUAUCUCCCAGAACUUCUGAGGAAUGUUCGUCUGGCUUUGCUUCCUUCUGAAUGCCUCAAGGAAGCCUUGGCUUGCGAGGACUUGAUCAUGGUGGAUGAAAGGAACAAGCUUGUCCUGGAUGAAGCUAUUCAGUGCAAGAAGAAGAUCCUCCAGAAUGAUGGGGUGGUCACCAGCCUCUGUGCCAGGCCUCGCAAAGCUGGGCACACAUUGCUGAUCCUGGGAGGACAAACCUUCAUGUGUGAUAAGAUCUACCAAGUGGAUCACAAAGCAAAGGAAAUUAUUCCCAAAGCAGACCUGCCGAGUCCACGGAAGGAGUUCAGUGCCUGUGCCAUUGGCUGCAAAGUGUACAUCACUGGAGGCAGGGGCUCAGAGAACGGGGUCUCCAAAGAUGUUUGGGUUUAUGACACUGUGCAUGAGGAAUGGUCCAAAGCUGCCCCAAUGUUAAUCGCUCGGUUUGGGCAUGGCUCAGCCGAAUUGGAAAACUGCCUGUAUGUGGUUGGUGGACACACUGCAGUAGCUGGAGUCUUCCCUGCGUCUCCUUCAGUUUCCUUGAAGCAAGUAGAGAAGUACGACCCCAUAUCCAACAAGUGGAUGAUGGUGGCUCCAUUGAGAGACGGAGUGAGCAACGCCGCGGUGGUGAGCGCCAGGCUGAAGCUCUUUGUCUUCGGUGGGACCAGCAUCCACCGAGACAUGGUGUCCAAAGUUCAGUGCUACGAUCCAGCUGAGAACCGGUGGAUGAUCAAAGCCGAGUGCCCGCAGCCCUGGCGCUACACGGCGGCCGCUGUCCUGGGCAGCCAGAUUUUCAUCAUGGGAGGAGACACGGAGUUCACGGCAGCCUCCGCCUACCGCUUCGACUGCGAGACGGACCAGUGGACGCGCAUCGGGGACAUGACGGCCAAGCGCAUGUCCUGCCACGCCCUGGCCUCGGGCAAUAAACUCUAUGUGGUAGGAGGGUACUUUGGCACCCAGAGGUGCAAAACGCUGGACUGCUACGACCCCAUGUCAGACACGUGGAACUGUAUCACCACGGUGCCUUACUCGCUCAUCCCCACAGCUUUUGUCAGCACCUGGAAGCACUUGCCCUCGUGAUGAGGGGCAGGGCCUGGUGGCUUGUUUCCAGGAGGUCAAUGAAGGUAAGGGUCUCCUCCUCUUAAAUUGAAAAUUACCAUCUUGCCUCAAUUGUAUCUCCACACACCAUGCUGAAGCCACAGGCGCUCAUGAAGUCAUUUUUUAUGAGAAGGGAAUGUUUAAAAGUGGGAUGUGGAGCCAGGAAAGAAUAACCAGCUCAGCAGUGCUCUAGUCUAACUCUAGAUAGUUACAAGGGUUCUCUUCUUUCCAGAUGAUCCUCCCAGGAUCUUAAGAGCUACAUCUACAUAGAUGGUUGGGGCUCCUCUCCCUCUGCUCCAAGGUAGCUGAAUGUGCCAGCCUCACCCUUCUGGUGGGGGGGUGGAUGGGCAGAUGAUCCACACCUGCUCUCACCAUGGAAUACAUCCUGUUCCCAUGCAGUUAAGGGAGAUAAGGUUCCUAAAAACAUUUGUAUGUGACUCCUGAGAGAUACCAGGGCAACAAGUGCUUUGGAAUGUCUUAGUAGUUUGAUAUUUUUGCUGAUUUUCUGGGUGAUGUAUUUAAAACUGAUGAAUAUAUAGGCAAGUGACCCUUGGAAUGUCAGCAAAUCCUGGUUCUCUUUUUAUGCUCUCUGUUUACAUUUCAGUGGGUAGCAGAAGCAAAAGCGCAGAAGCCAUGGUGCAUUUGAUGGUCUUGGUGUUUAUUUAUCAUCCAAACAGUUGCUUGUUAAAUCAGAACUUCUGAGACUUCUGUGUCAGACCUGAGUGGGAGGGAAGGGGUUUUGUAACCAGAAGAAGAAUGUUUUUAUCAGUGUUUUGGGUUGUGUGAGAAUAAGAAAGUUGGUGCAAACCCAUGAUGUUGUGUCUCAUUCUGGUGCUCCAGUUUUCUCUUGCUCAGGGAAGGUGCUCCUACAGUGCCCCUGGGACAGGGUUUCUCCUUUCUCCUCCCCAGUGGGGUGUUUGGUUGCCAUUCUGCUUGUCAGUGUGGAUCCACAGGGCUUUACAUGUCCUCACCAACCUGUGCUGAGAUGCAGCUGGCCUGGCACUUCUGAACUUGCAUUGUGAAAGCAGAUAGUAAUACAGGCAGCACUUAGAUAGCAUCACCUUCCUAGGAAGUCAGUAACAUGUCUGCUAGCUCAGUGUGCAGGUUUCUCAGUGCCAGCAGCACACACAGCCCUGCUUUGGUGGUUGCAGCCUACAUCCCAGCCAGCUGCAGGAGCUGGGAAACCCACGCUAUGGGUGUGGGAUUGACAAGCUUCACUUACAGUUUUAUUUGGAAAGUGGGGACUGCGGGGAGGGAAAUUCUUCCACAGACUCAUCAGAAUCCACUUCACUUAAUACAGGCAAGAAGGAAUGCUGCCCAAACCCUCUAACACCCUCUCACUUCCCUGCUUUCCACUUGGUGUGGUUGGUGUGCCUGGGAAUCGCCCAGCGGGUGAAAUUGCUGGCACCUCCCAGUGAUCAUCUUUUUUGAUGCCAGAUGGAAACCAAGGAGGAGUUCCUGGCAUAUCACCCAGGGCAUUACGCUGGCCUUUGUGAAACACCUGGUUUUAACAUGGGUUGGACCACCACGAGGGCAGGGCAAGAGUGGAAAGGGUUAAAAUGAGACCUUAAAGUGUUCUCAACUGUAAGAUAAUGGCCUUUCCAAAUUCUCCUCCUCAGGCGUUGCCUAGCAUCUGUCACAGUGGCUCAGUAAUCUAAUUAACUGUCACUCGGCUAUUAAAUAUUGCAGCAAAGACUGUGAGGACUCCAUCAUUUUCAGCUCAGGUCAAUGGGGCCUUCCCUUUAAGAGCCAUCCUAGAGCUGACAGUUAAUUUUCUCUGGUAGCAGAUGCGACUGAAUAUUGAAGCUCAACACCAGCCACAUGGCUGGGAGAGGGAGUUGGGGGUAGUUUGAGAUGGGAGUUGGUUUCUCAGCCACUGAAUAAAAAAUAGUCAUCAAAGUCACGGUGAUGUUAUUUUCCUCUCCUACCUUUUUACCUCCCUACUGUUUUUGGGUUGUUCAGACCUGGUAAAUAGCUUUGUGGGGGUUGUAUUGAUACUGCUUUCCCCCCUGUAACUGGGAGCCUGACAUAAGCGCAGAAAACUAGAAACUGCAAAUAAAACUGGUGAAAAGUCA